AUGUCCAAAAACUCUGUUUCUCUUUCAGAACAUAUUACAAAGUUAAAAUCUAGAGGCAGACAAGAAUUAUCUUUUAUUAGUUGGGAGAGGCAGAAUCAAUUAAUUGAAUGUAUAGCCAAAGAUAUCAGCACAACUAUUCAAUAUCAAGUAAGAAAUACAAGAUUCUUUAGUAUACCCAUUGACUCGACGUUCGAUGCUUCGCGUAAAGAGCAAGUGUCUUUCAUUAUUAGAUAUACUUGUUUAAAAUCUGGGAACGUAUUGGAACGAUUAAUAGCAAUGAGAGAAUCGCCUAAUACCUGCGGCGGUGAUCUUUUUAAUUUAUUUAAAAACAUAAUGGAAAGUGAAGGUUAUGUUUGGUUAACUGAUCUUGUAGGGCAAUCUUACGAUGGUGCAUCUAACAUGCGAGGUGCUUAUAAAGGUCUUCAAGCAUUAAUUAAAGAGGAAAAUAAACAUGCUACGUUUGUAUGGUGCCACGCACACAGACUUAAUCUUACUGUGAAGCAAAUAGUAUCGUCUAAUUCAAAUUCUGCUGAUCUAUUUGGUAACUUGGAAACUUUGUAUUCAUUCGUUUGGUGUGCAAAGAAAAGAGUAGCUAUAUUUCGUCAAUUUCAGACCACAGAUUCUUCAAAAAGUCAUCAACCUUUGGCUUUAAAGCGAGUGUGCACGACAAGGUGGUCAUCACAUUCAGCAGCGUUAGAUACAGUACUAAAAACGCAUAAGUGUAUUAUAAAUACUUUGACAACAAUCCAAACGCAAGAAGGACCAAGUGACCCUAAAGUUAGUGCAACUUGUAGUGGUUUAUAG